UUUACAGCCAAUCAGAUACGUGUUAUAGGCACGUUGCGUAAGCUAAUUAAUAUUCAUAAGCCAGGUAUCCGCUACAAUGUAGCGUUUGUAUAUAUUCGCUGUUUACCCAUUAAUGCUGCCAGAUUAUAUCGUACAUUGUUAUCGCCAUCGGUGUGUAUUUAUGAGAAGCGUCAAUACCGCUUUAGUCUCAUCUAAAACAUCCUAUACACGUUAAAUGGAAAAAAGCCACCUGGCGCUAAAAUGGUUUUUUCCAUGUUGAUAUCGGAGACAAAAGUGAAAGUAAGUUACAGGAGACAUUUAUCCUCAAAAUAACUGCGUCACGUUAUCCUAGCACAAAAAUCAGAGCCAGUAAGAGGAGAUCAGACGCGCCAGUGCAGCUCCGUGAGCACAGAAUGAGUCAAGUACAAAAAACCAAAGAUGGAGAUUUUUCUCCGGGAUGCAGUUCAGUCCAUCAGAAGAGCUCAGAUUCACCAGAGCCCAGCUGUGUGUCCAUGAAGAGUGACUGGUCUAUGGAUCCUCCACUACAAAUGAAGUGUGGAGACAGAAGCCAGAGUCACAGUUUGGCUCAGCAGAAGAGCUCAGAUUCACCAGAGCCCAGCUGUGUGUCCAUGAAGAGUGACUGGUCUAUGGAUCCUCCACUACAAAUGAAGAGUGGAGACAGAAGCCAGAGUCACAGCCAUGACUCCAAUUCUGAAAUCCUCAACACGUUUAAAUCAAAUCUGAAGAAGAAGUUUGAGUGUCUGUAUGAGGGAACAGCGACGCAGGGAAACCCAACACUCCUGAAUGAGAUCUACACAGAGCUCUACAUCACAGAGAGUGAGAGUGGAGAGAUCAGUAAUGAGCAUGAGGUGAGACAGAUUGAGACACAAUCCAGGAGAGCAGCAACAGAGGACACAGCCAUCAAAUGCAGUGACAUCUUUAGACCUUUACCUGGACAAGACAAAGCCAUCAGAACUGUGCUGACAAAGGGAGUCGCUGGCAUUGGAAAAACAGUCUCUGUGCAGAAGUUCAUCCUGGACUGGGCUGAAGGAAAAGAGAAUCAGGACGUCCAGCUCAUAUUUCCACUGCCUUUCAGAGAGCUCAACUUGAUGAAGGACAAAACACUCAGUCUUUCAGAUCUUCUUCAUGUCUUUUUCCCUGAAACUAAAGAAAUGGAGAUAUCCAGUGAUGAAUAUAAAGUGUUGUUCAUCUUUGAUGGUCUGGACGAGUGUCGUCUGUCUCUGGAUUUUCAGAGCGAUGUGAGGUUGUGUGAUGUAAGUGAAUCAGCCUCAGUGGACGUGCUGCUGACGAACCUCAUUGUGGGGAAUCUGCUUCCGUCUGCUCUCAUCUGGAUCACCUCCAGACCAGCAGCAGCUGAUCUCGUCCCCUCUGAGUGUGUCCAUCGAGUGACAGAGGUACGAGGCUUCAAUGAUCCACAGAAGGAGGAAUACUUCAGGAAGAGAAUCAGUGAUCAGAGUCUGGCCAAUACAAUCAUCUCACACCUGAAGUCAUCAAGGAGCCUCUUCAUCAUGUGCCACAUCCCAGUGUUCUGCUGGAUCUCAGCCGCUGUUCUAGAGAAGAUGUUGAGUCGAGCAGAGAGUGGAGAGAUUCCCAAGACUCUCACUCAAAUGUACACACACUUCCUGAUGGCACAGAUUAACAUUAAAAACAUGAAGUACACUAAGGAGGAGGACACAGACAAAGAGAUGAUUUUCAAAUUAGGGAAACUGGCAUAUGAGCAAUUGGAAAAAGGCAAUGUGAUCUUCUAUGAGGAAGACCUGAGAGAGUGUGGCAUUGAUGUGACAGAAGCAUCAGUGUACUCAGGAUUGUGCACUCAGAUCUUCAGAGAGGAGUUUGGCUUGUAUCAGGGGAAAGUCUUCUGCUUUGUUCAUCUGAGCAUUCAGGAGCAUGUAGCAGCUCUAUAUGUGCACCUCUCCUGUACAAACCACAACAGAAAUGUGUUUGACCAAAUCACCAAACAGAGUUUGCGGUCUAAAAACUUGUUUCAACUCAAUUCAGAACAUGUUUCAUUAUCUGCUCUGCACCAGAGAGCUGUGGAUGAGGCUCUACAGAGUAAAACUGGCCAUCUGGACCUUUUCCUGCGGUUUCUUCUGGGUCUGUCAGUGAAGACUAAUCAGAGUCUUCUACAAGGACUAAUGACACUGACAAAAAGCAGCUCUAACAGCAGUGAGGAAACAGUUGAGUACAUCAAGAAGAAGAUCAGGACCAUGUGCUCUCCAAAAAAAAUCAUCAAUCUGUUCCACUGUCUGAAUGAACUGGGUGAUCAUUCACUAGUGGAGGAAAUACAACAAUAUCUGAGAUCUGGAAGAAUAGCAGAAGCCAAUCUCUCCUGUUUGCAGUGGUCAGCUUUACUGUUUGUCUUGUUGACAUCAGAGCAAAUGAUGCAUGUUUUUGAGCUGAAUAAAUUUGUUAGAAGAGAAAAUACUCCAAAUAAAGUUAUUCGGAAGCUACUUCCUGUGAUUAAAGAAUCCACAUCAGCACAUUUAGAAGACUGCAAUAUCACAGACAAAAGUUGUACUGCUUUGGCUUCAGCUCUGAGAUCAAACCCCUCGCACCUGAGAGAACUGGAUCUGUCUCAGAAUAAAAUAGGAGACUCUGGAGUGACUGCUUUCUCUGCUGGACUGGAGAAUCCUCACUGCAAAUUAGAGAAACUGGGAUUGAGGGAUUGUGGCAUCACAGGUGAAGGUUGUGCUGCUCUGGCUUCAGCUCUGAGAUCAAACCCUGAACACAUGAGAGAUCUGGAUCUGUCUCAGAAUAACCUAGGAUGUUCUGAAGUGCAGUUACUUUCUGACCUAAAAGAUGAUCCACAUUAUAAACUGGCGGAACUAUUCUAUUGACUCUCAGUAUUUAGACGUCAGUCCAGUUUCCUCAGGAUCAGCUGAUGGUGAAUAAGGAGCCGCUACAGAGACUGAAGACCCAGUGAUCACACAAUGUGUGAUCAUUUGUGAAAAAAUUAUUUGUGAAAUAAUUUUUUUCUGGAAACUUAUGAC